AUGGCCAUACCACAACCUCAGCAUUGGGUUCACAAUCUCUCAACCCCUCAACAAUGGCGCCAUUUAUUUCGCGCUACGCUGCGCGAAUGUACCUACCUCCCUGACCCCAUCGCUCGCAACUACAUGAAGAACCAUAUCAUCUCCCGAUAUCGAACUGUUUCCUCCCGUUCCCCCAAGGCUGGUCCUCAGGUGGUUCACGCGGCAAGAAAUGCAUUGUCGGUUCUGCGGCGAGCAAACGAUGGCUAUUCACGGCCUCUGGAGAAGGUGUUAUUACUAUCGUACGGUCGCACUGGGAGACGGCGACAUGAGCUGCUGGCGAAGAUGUUAACGCCGGAAAUUCCCAAUGACUCUAAGGCUCUCAAAGAACUACUCUCUCGACCUGCUGAUUUCAGUGAUGGCUGGGAACCACCAGCUAUUGUGAAGAACCUCGCAGCGUCUCAAAUGCAGAACACAGUGGUUACAGCAGCCCGCGUCAGGCCGUUGAUCAAACAAUUGGAACCUCCGAUCCCCAAGCAGGACAGCUGGGGCAAAGAACUGGCCCAAUGUCGGAAGAAGAAUAUUCGGCGACAAUGGUACAACAAUACAUUGUGUAGUCUGCUUCCACCAUUACCAGAGAAGGAUCUCCAGACGCUUGAGGGACUCAUAUCGGGGACUGUGCCAUGGGAACCUAUCAAAAGGAGAAGCUCAAAACCCCAGGUUUCCCCGACCGAGUCUAGUGGCGAGCUCUUCAGGUUACUGGCUAGGGGGCCUGAGAAGGGUACCACUUUUGCCGAAUAUGCCAAUGGUCGGCCGCAUACAAUUACAGUCAGGCUUAUGCGUCGUCAAUGGAGACGUCUGUCUGCUCUUGUGCCACGACAGUACUGGAAUCCGAUAUCGCAAAAGUGGCGCUUUUUAUGGGAUUCACCAAAGGAAAUCCCUCGGCUGUCCUUUGAUCUCGACAGUAGCAUCGACCCAGAGGCCUUUUUCAAAGAGUCAAUUCAGGCGAAGGAAGACAAGACUGAGGCAGAUCAACCCUCUCAAUAA